UGUGUGUUUUUGUAAUUUUGUGUGUUUUUGGUAUGUUUUUGUGUUAAAAAUGUUGAUCCAGUAAAUCAAAUAUAGGUCAUAUCAGUGAGGUUGUGCUGAAAACAAUAAUACCAACACGACAUGGGGAAAACUUUUAAAGUUUUUCAUACAGGAAGAAUGAAAAAAAGGAGUCAAAAAAACGACAAAAUAGCCUCAAACCCCAAAAUGUUAAUAGAGUGAAAGCCAAUUUAUUAUGGCUGAUAUUGGUCAGUGGUAAAUGGGUGGGACCUUUUUUUAAUCAGUUAUCAGGAGUAGCAGUGCCUCUGGUCUGACUGCUCCUUUAUCUGGACUCUGCUCACCAGAAUGCUUCAUUUUCACUUUUCUUUCAUGGGAAAUAUCUCGUUUUCCUCCCAGUACUGGAGCUGUUUCUAUAUUUACAGGCCAACUGAAGACAGUGCUGUUUAAUUAUUGUCCUUUCAGACAACAUGGCGCAACAUGUCCACCCACUAGAUGGAGAUAUCUACAGGAAGACCUCCCCCAUGCCCAAGGGGACCCCAAAGGUCAAAGGUUACGACUUCAACCAUGGAGUGGACCACAGCGCCCUGCUCAGGUCCUACUGCUCCACCGGCCUGCAGGCCACCAGGGUCGGCCUGGCCAUCCACGAGAUCAACAGCAUGAUCGAGAAGCGUCAGCAGCCGUUGCAGGUGGUGAACGGACAUGGAAACGAGGACCCGUCCACCUGCCCCUGCCUCAUGAGCUGCACCAUCUUCCUCAGCUACACCUCCAACCUCAUCAGCAGCGGAGUCAGGGAGACCAUCCGCUACCUGGCAGAGCACAGAAUGGUGGAUGUGUUGUCGACCACAGCUGGCGGUAUCGAGGAGGAUCUGAUGAAGUGUUUGGCUCCGGCUUACAUCGGAGACUUUUGUAUGUCCGGCAAAGAUCUGUGGGACAAAGGCCACAACAGGAAUGGAAACACUCUGGUGCCUGAAGAAAACUAUGAAAAAUUUGAUGCGUGGCUGAGACCGAUCCUGAAGCAGAUGCUGCUGGAGCAGGAGACUCAGGGCGUUCGCUGGACUCCGUCGAAGAUGAUCCGUCGUCUGGGGAAGGAGAUCAACCACCCUGAGUCGGUGCUCUACUGGGCCUACAAGAAUAACAUCCCGGUGUUCAGCCCGGCCCUGACCGACGGAGCUAUAGGAGACUUGUUCUACCUCUUCUCAGCUGACAACCCCGGCUUGAUACUGGACAUAGUGGAAGAUGUUUCGAAGGUGAACAACCUGGCGGUAGCUGCUAACAGCGUGGGGAUGAUCGUGUUGGGAGGAGGCGUAGCUAAACACCACAUAUGCAACGCCAUCUCAUGGAGGAGUGGCGCUGACUUUGCCGUGUACGUGAACACGGCUCAGGAGUUUGAUGGUUGUGACUCGGGGGCCCGACCUGACGAGGCCGUGUCCUGGGGCAAGAUCCGCUCCGACGCCAGACCCGUAAAGGUGUUUGCAGAUGCUUCUAUUGUUUUCCCCUUGUUGGUGGCAGAGACCUUUGCAGCUCACGCUAAUAAGACAGUGGCCUGAAAUGUUUUGGAAACACGUUUAUUUUGUUGUUCUUUUCUUUUGUAAACUGGCUUUUUUUUUUUUUUUUACUAACUAAGGCAAAAUUGUGGGAUGAAAAGCAAAAUUAUAAGAUAAAGAGCAAAAAUUAAUGUACAUGGUUUUGGCUUUCUGUAUGACAGUUUGAGAAUAUAUAUACCAACAAAAAAAAAAGAAAAGAAAAGAAAAACAAACAAACCAAAACAACUCAUGUUUGUGUGUCUGGAUGGAUCUCACACUAACUCAAAUGUCUAAAAAUAAAAUAAACUGCUGUUAUUAAUAACUUGUUCUUAAGUGUUAAACAUAGUGUGUGUGUGUGUGUGUGUGUGUGUGUGUGUGUAAAACUGUCAUCAGAAUGUAUUGAGUGUUUAUGGUGUUGUGUGCUGUGUGAUUCUGGGUGAUUUAAAUAAAACUGGUGUGAUUUAACUUGACUCUACUUCCUAGUUUUGUACCUAAUAGUUGGGUCAUCUAUAGCAGUUCCGUGACCGUGGAGAGCGAAGGUUGGUUUCUCACUGGAUUUGUCAUCUAUAAGGGUUAAAUAAGAAAUUGAGCCGGGGUGCCCCUCUCAAAAAUGUGGGGAAAAUUUUUGAGAGCCCUUAAUCCAAAAUGGCUACCGUCAGCCAAGCUGGCAAUAUCUUUUCAAUGGUUUGGACCACAGUACUGCAUAAUACAUGGUUUCUGAGACUAUUUGGGUCAAGAAAUUCAUAAAUGAUGUAAAUUUAUUGAUUUGACCUAUUUUUGACCCAAAUUCAUGAUGGCCGCCAAUUUUUGGCUCUUUAAAUGUCCAUUUUUCAAAAUCGUCAUAGAGCCUUAAUAUUAGGCUCAAAUGAAAGCUCUGCUCAUACUGAGUUCAGUUAUGG